AUGAAAUUAAGAGUCUAUAUGUUAGUUUUGGUUUAUAUUGUUUGUCAAACAGAUCUUAUAAAGUAUAUGUUAUCAAGGCCAUUAAUCACAGGCAGAAUCGGCAAGUGGGCUUUGGCACUAAUGGAGUUCAACUUUGCAUAUGUUCCACAAAAGGCGAUUAAGGGGAAAGCAUUGGCAGAUUUUCUUGCCGAUCAUCCCUCGCCUGAAAUUGAGUCACAAGUGUUUGAUGAGCUUGACUCGGCAGCCAUAUUCAUGACCUCUUGGACUUUAAUGUUCGAUGGGUCAAGCACCAGCGAAGGCUCAGGAGCUGGUAUAGUGAUAAUAUCCCCAACAGGGAACCAAAUUUCGUUUUCCUUUUUUUUGGAUUUUAGGUGCUCAAAUAAUCAAGCCGAGUAUGAAGCAUUGAUUACCGGCUUGGAAAAUCUGCUAGAAAUGGCAGUCAAAGAUGUCCACAUUGUGGGGGAUUCAAGUUUGGUGAUUAAUCAAAUCUCGGAAGACUUUAGAUGCUUGAAUUAG